AUGGCGGACUAUACAGCAAAAUUUGCUUUGGCUCCUAUGGUGAGGAUAGGCGAAUUGCCUAUUAGAUUACUGGCCUUAAAAUAUGGAGCUGAUCUCGUUUGGGGGCCUGAAAUAGUGGAUAGAAAGAUUCUAACAUGCCAUAAAGUGUACAACAAAAAGUUGGACACAGUUGAUUUUUUGUCCUCGAGUGGAAAUCUGAAAAUCCCCGGAAAGCUGGAGAAGGGUAAGCUUAUUUUUCAAAUGGGUACCGCCGAUCCAAAGCUUGCAGUCAAAGCAGCAAAUGUUAUAGCUGAUGAUGUGGAUGGUAUCGAUAUUAAUGCAGGUUGCCCAAAACAUUUUUCGAUUCACUCUGGGAUGGGUGCCGCAUUAUUGAAAAAACCAGAUCUUCUCUGCGAAAUUCUCACCUGCUUAGUUGAGCAAGUAGGAAAGCCACAUAAGAAGCCAAUAAGCGUCAAAAUACGUCUUUUACACGAGAAGAAGGAUACAUUGGAUUUGGUUUCACGUCUCGUCAAGACUGGAAUUUCCAACUUAACACUACACUGCCGUACCAGAGAAAUGCGAAACCGAGAGCCUCCUAUAAGAGACUACGUUUCCGAAAUAUACGACAUAUGCCAGAAAAACAACGUGAGCUUUAUAAUAAACGGUGGCAUCAAGAAAUAUGAGGACUACUUGGAAAUACAGAAGAAAUAUGGGGCUGAUAUUGGAUGUAUGAUAGCAUCUGCUGCGGAAAGAAACGUUUCAUGCUUUAGUUCCAAAGGUCUUGUGCCGUGGUCACAGAUUGCACGUGAUUACAUGAAGAUAGCUCUGAAGUUUGACAACAGCCCCCCAAAUACAAAAUACUGUCUUCUGAGGAUGAUUCCUGGCACCACUGCCAUUCAUCCAGUGCUGAAUAGCAUGAGGGAGCCAAAUGAUCUGAUGAAAGGGUUGAUGAACAUGAUGGAUGAUGAGGGCAACCUCAUAUCUUCAAAGGAAGGGGAAGUGAAAGAACAAAGGGAGAAUACCGAGAUAGAAAUCCCAUAUAAAAGAAGAGACACUCUUAGUGAAAGCGACAUGGCAGAUCAGAUACCUGAGAAGAGGAUACGUGUCUGA